CGAUACACUCAGCCCGGCCCCGGCCGGAGGAUGGCCCGAGCCGCACACCGCGGGCGCCGGUUCCCCCGGCCGGCCGACCGCGGCCUGCGCUGGGCUGCGCGUCCUCCGCGGAGCUUUGAAAGCGUGCGGCCAGCCCCACAGAAGACGGCGGGGCAAAGGCGAGAUGUCCACCUUCGGAGUCGCAGCGGGAUGCGCCGGGCUGCCCCCGCGGGUGGCGGUGGCGGCCGGACCGACAGGGGGAGGCCGCGGCCGCCGCUGAGUCCCUGUGGAGGGUGGGGGGCGGGUGAGGAGCGAGGUCAUCCCCGCCGGGCAGCGGCACCCGCCCCGCCGGCUCUCCCGCAGCUCGCUCAGCUAGCGGCGGCUUCCGCUCGAUAAAGCUCUGGCCGCUCCAAAUGAGCCCCUGGCGCCGCGUCCGGGGUGCUCCCGGAGCCGCUGCCGCUCCGCUCCGCUCGGCGGGACCUGAGCAUCAGCUCUCACUGGGGUUCCCCGCCUCCCGCUAAGCUUCCUUCGCCCCCGCCCGUCCCAAUUUCCCCUGCCAAACUUUCCCAGACGCUGCCGGCAGCGCCGCACCUGCCCCCGCCGCGCCCCGACACGGAGGCGGAGGAGGCAGGAGCACCGCGCAAGCUGCGCAGCCCUCCGCGCAUCGCCUCCCCGCCCCGGAGCUAAAGAAUAAAUAAAGUUGCGGACGGAGGGCUGGAAGAGGCGUGUUGCCCCCGGAGAGGCUCGGGCAGCGGCAGAGAGGGACUGCAAGUGGCUGCGCGGCUGUCGGCGGCUCGCCCCGGCUGCGGGGUCGGGGGCGGGCGGGACCCGCGGAUCUCGUGUGUUGUCCCCCACCCCCCUCCCCCCCGCCGUGUGUGCUUUCGGUCCCUCCCUGGGAACAGGCGCUGCCCACCCAAGGAGGCGACCGGCGCUCCUGCCCCGCUGCCGCUUGCUCACUCGCACACACAUAUGCCCGUGCGUGCGCCUCUUGUUGCCUCACUGAAGCCGGUGCUUGCGUUUUUAGGUUGCUCAGACCUGAAAUCCAAGGGAAAAAGCUCAGCGUUUGCGUCGCUGCUCCUGCCGCUGCUGGUGGUAGCGGUGGAGAGAGGGUUUUGAGUUGGGCUUCUUUUUGUUGUUUGUUUUUAUUUCUUUUUCCUGGAAUUCAAUGGAUGUGAACUUGGAGUCUUUAGACCUCGACAGUUUUGGAAUAUCUACGUGCUGAUGCUCUUUGUUGUGGCACAUCAUCUCGUUUGGGGAAAUCAUCCGAAGACAGCAAGAUGUUUCUCGUUAUCUUGUACUUCGCUUUGCCCUUAGUGGAUGUACUUCUGUCCGCAGAAGUGAGCGGGCUGCCUGGAGGGGACCGCCUCGACUGCGUGAAAGCCAGCGAUCAGUGUCUCAAGGAGCAGAGCUGUAGUACUAAAUACAGGACACUGAGGCAGUGUGUAGCCGGCAAAGAGAGCAACUUCAGCCGGGCGACGGGCCUGGAGGCAAAGGACGAAUGCAGAAGCGCCAUGGAAGCUCUCAAGCAGAAAUCUCUGUACAACUGCCGCUGUAAGAGGGGCAUGAAGAAGGAGAAAAACUGCCUGCGCAUUUACUGGAGCAUGUACCAGAGCUUACAGGGAAAUGACUUGCUUGAAGAUUCCCCUUAUGAGCCAGUUAACAGCAGGCUAUCAGACAUAUUCAGGCUAGCACCAAUGGUAUCAGUGGAGCCAGUACUUUCAAAGGGGAACAAUUGCUUGGAUGCAGCCAAAGCUUGUAACCUAAAUGACACCUGCAAGAGGUUCAGAUCUGCUUACAUAACCCCCUGCACCAGCAGCACGUCUAAUGAGAUCUGUAACAAGCGGAAGUGUCAUAAGGCCCUCCGGCUAUUUUUUGACAAGGUCCCCCCAAAGCACAGCUAUGGGAUGCUCUUCUGCUCCUGUCGAGACGUAGCCUGUACAGAGAGGAGACGGCAGACUAUUGUUCCUGUGUGUUCAUAUGAGGACAGGGAGAAACCAAACUGCCUGAAUUUACAAGAAUCCUGCAAGAAGAAUUACAUCUGCAGAUCUCGCCUUGCAGAUUUCUUCACAAACUGCCAGCCUGAGUCACGCUCUGUUAGUAGCUGUCUGAAGGAAAACUAUGCUGACUGCCUCCUCGCUUACUCGGGGCUUAUUGGCACAGUGAUGACACCAAACUACAUAGACUCAAACAGCCUGAGUGUUGCCCCAUGGUGUGACUGCAGCAACAGUGGCAACGACAUCGACGAGUGCGAUAAAUUUCUCAAUUUCUUCCGGGACAACACAUGCCUUAAAAAUGCAAUUCAGGCCUUUGGCAAUGGGACUGAUGUGAAUGUGUGGCAGCCGAUCCUACCCGUACAGACCACUACAGCCACCACUACAACAGCCUCCAGACUUAAAAACACGGGUUCAGAGACCACCAACAAUGAAAUACCCACCCACAACGAUUCACCAGCAUGUGCAAACCUGCAGGCACAGAAGAGGCGGAAAUCCAAUGAAUCUGUAGAUGCAGAGCUCUGUCUUAAUGAGAAUGCUCUUGGGAAAGACAACACAGCAGGAGUCUCCACCAGUCACAUAUCUUCGGAAAAUUCGCUGGCUCUGCCCAGAAGCUUCUAUCUAAGCACACGGCUCACUCUGAUGACACUUGCACUCUCACUCUCUUUGUUCCUAAGCUCAUCAGUGGUCUUGUAGCUGCGUUACAAAGGACAUGUAAAAAAAAAAAUCUGUUUCCUGUCCUCUGUUGUUUAUCUGGAAUUCCAGGUCUGGGAGCUAAGCUGAGGCACUCCUGGCUAGAACAGUCUCAGUCAGCUGGAAGUUUUUUGUUUUCUUUUCUGUUCUUUCUCUCUAAAAAAAGCUUCUUGUGAUAUUUAGAGGCUUUGUGAAAUACUUGGUGCAGUGCUACAUUCCAAACCCAAAAGGCUUUUGGGCAUGCAGUGUUUUAAAGAGACAGUGUGUAAAUUUGCCUGUAAAGCAACCUGUUUGGAUUACUUUGAUGAUUCUCAUUUUAAUUCUGGCUUUUCCCUGAGGAGAAGGAUGGCAGUUUCCUUAAGAUCCUAUUUAUCUCAUUGAAUGAUUUUGGUUUUCAAAUUGAUUGAACUUCAGGCUACCAAGAAUGCCAGGCUUUUGUCUAAUGGUGAAUGUUCUCCCAGAGAGUGGACUUUAUGAACCUUCUUCAUUUGAUAAAUUGCUACUGAUGUUCAACUCUUUCAGUGUAUUAGCCUUUUCCUCCUUAAAUGUUUACGUACUGUAAGUGGUUCUGCAUUCCCUGCUGAGAAGCCAUUAUAAUUCACAUACAGGUAUAUUGUAUGUCUUUCAGUUAAAUUCUCAUAGAGUGUGGCAUAGAACUUUCUAACAGUACAUUUAUCUUUUAAUUAUAAUCAUCUAGCCUUAACAAAGGUAAAGAUCCUUUACAUUAACAAGAAGCAGCCAUUGUGAAAGCUUGAUACAGAGAUGUUUCUUGAAAUUUGAGGGUAAGCAGUAGAAACAGAUUUUGCUACAGGGUUUCAGCUGUACAGCCUGUGGUCUCCUAUGCUUCCAUUGUAAUAACAUAGUCCAGUUAUUAUACUGUUUGUUUAAUAAAAAAUGACAUACAAUUUA